AACCGGAGGAUAAUAAAGACCUGGUUUCCAGCAUCCGUAAAAACUUCCCUGAUACCUGGCUAUGGGACAUGUAUGAGGUUCCGUCAAGUGGCUCCAUGGUAAUUUCGGAGACAAUCCCUGAUACAAUAACUGAGUGGAUGGGAAAUACUGUGUGUACAAAUGAGAACACUGGUCUUGGUGUAUCAGAGAUUUCCAAGAUAACAACUUUCCAACCAUUCUUUAUCAAUGUAAAACUACCAUACUCUGUUAUACGUGGAGAAAUUCUCAAUGUGGAUGUCAUGGUGUUUAACUAUCUACCACAUUGUACUGCAAUUCAAGUAACAGUGGACGAGAAUGACAACUAUAGUUUGCUAAAUGAGAAUAUAGGUCAGAUGUGUAUAUGUAGUCAGCAGUCCAAAUCUCAUUCCUUCAAAAUAAAGCCUACAGCUCUUGGUAAAAUAAGCAUUACAUUCACUGCAUUCCUUAGAGAGCACAGGGUGUCUUGUUACAGAAUAGAGAGACCGGCAAACUACAAUAAUAAGUUGGUGACAGAAAAAGUUGUCAAACAGCUCCUAGUUCAGGCAGAGGGCAUACAAGAGGAAUCAACCAGAUCACAGUUUAUUUGUCCACAAGAUUCUGUAGAUGGUUUUCAGAAGACUAUAAGUGCUGACAUACCCGAUAGUGAUGUUCUUAUACCUGGUUCUCUCCGAGGCUGGUUCAGUGUUAUUGGUGAUAUAAUGGGUCCUGUAUUGAGUGGUUUAGAGGAUUUAAUCCUGAUACCAACUGGCUGUGGUGAGCAGAACAUGAUUCGACUGGCACCAAAUGUUGCUAUACUCCGAUAUCUCUCAAUGACCAACCAACUCACAGAUGACCUUGAAAUUAAAACAGUAGACCAUCUCAAUAAAGGUUACCAGCAACAACUGACAUUCAUGCAUAAGGAUGGUUCCUAUAGUGCUUUUGGUGAUGGUGAUGAUCAUGGUAGCACAUGGCUCAGUGCCUUUGUGUUCAAGACCUUACAACAGGCAGUCGACUUUAUUUACAUAGACAGAAAACAGAUCCAAACUAAAACCUGGGAGUUUCUUAUCAAUAAACAGGGUGUUGACGGCUGCUUUAUAGAGGAAGGGAAGGUUCUCAGUAAAUACAUGAUGGGUGGGGUAAUAGGUAGUAAAAGUGAUAAGAGGAGGGCUCUUACAGCUUAUGUACUUGUCUCCAUGCUGGAAUCCUUCAAAAUGAUGAGAGAGAGAACACCGCCAUUUGUUGCACUUGCUGUGCGAUGUAUACAGGUAGAUAACCUGACAGACACCUAUACACAUGCCCUGGUUGCCUAUGCUAUGACCUUGUAUAAACCUAACAGUAGAUUUACUGAAAUAUUGUUGCAGAGACUCAAGGAUAAAGCCAUCAUGGAGGGAGACACCAUGCACUGGAAAAGGGAAAAGAUGCCUGCCAUUUUGUCAGGUCAAGGUCGUGCAGCAUCAGCAGAAAUAGAGAUCACAGCUUAUGCACUCCUGGCAUUGUUAACAAAAGACAAGAAUGUUGCUAUUAGUGACAUCAUGCCAAUAGUACGCUGGUUAACCAAUCAGAGAAAUGCUUAUGGUGGCUUUGCUUCAACACAGGACACAGUUGUAGCCCUACAAGCAUUGUCAUUGUUUGCUGAGCGUAUCUAUGGUGGUGGACUUAAUGUCAAUGUAAACAUUGUGGAUGACAACGUAUACUCCAAGGAUGUCAGUGUGACACAUAAAAACAGCAUUAUCCUGCAACAAUAUGACCUUGACAAUCCAAGGUCAGAUCUCCAUAUUACUGCUAAAGGAGAGGGAUGUGUACUAUUACAGACAACGUAUAGAUAUAAUUUGGAAAGAAAGCAGAAACAUGAUGAGGUAUUUAAAUUGUCAGUGUCAACACCAGUUAGAAGAGAAGCUAUUGAUAAUAACUGUCGACAGAGAACUGUCAAAGUUUGUGCAAGUUACCAUGGAGAAGAUGAAAUGAGUAACAUGGUUGUUAUAGAAGUAAAACUGGCCAGUGGUUGGAUACCUGAUGUUAAAUCAUUGCAACAUUUAGUUAACUCAGCAGAAAUAGACUUGAAAAAAUACGAGAUGGAUAAACGUUCCCCUGAUACGGUCAACUUUUACUUCAAUGAGCUGUACACAAGUAUGAGGGUGUGUUUUGAGUUUGGUAUAGUUCUGGAAGUAGAAGUAAAGGAACAUAAACCAUCAGCUGUUAAAGUGUUUGACUACUAUGAAACUGAAUUAGAGACAACAGUAUUUUAUGAGAUGACGAAAUGUUCUGAAGCAAAUAUAGAGUAUGUAGAUGUCAGUUUAAAUGGAGAUACUGAUUUAUACCUGGAAGGUGACAGUAAACUGAAUAUAGAAGAUGACAGUAAACUAAAUAUUGAUGCUGACAGUCAUUUACCAACAGAUACUCUAUCACAUCCAGGAGGGAAUGAGCAAGGAAACGCUGCCGCCCCAUCGUCAGAGACAACAGACAUAGAGGAUGGUGUUGCAGCCCCUCCCACAGGGCCUCAAUGUCCAAAAUGUGUAACCACAGGGGUUGUCAAUAUUCUCCAAGAUAUCUGCAAGAAACAGGUGUGGUUGUUAGAGAGAAAAGACCAAAUGUUGCUCAGCGUGAUGACAGCUGAUGGAGUCAGUCCAGACAUAACAAUAGAUAUUCCAGAGUCAUUGGAGAACUGUGGACAAUGUAGUAACUUAUUUGAAAAGGGAGACAAAAGUUUGAUAUUCCUGGAGCCAUAUGAUUGGUCGAACCUUGCAGCAAAUAUUGCCCAGAGGUCAACAGUGGUAAUACCAUGGUCAGCUUCUCUCAAUGAAUCCAUACUACAAGUGUUGGCAUCUUGUUCCUAUCUCUAAAACACAAGUUAUUAUAUAACAUGUAAUAUUAUGUACAGAGUGACAAUUACAUUAUUAUAAGUCAGCUUCCUAAGUCUUGGAGAUUGAGAUUAGUGCUCAUUCAUAAGAAUUAUUCUAUGAACAAGGUGCAUACAAUGAACAACAUAAAAUAAUACUGCAUAUGUAGGCAUACUAUCAUACAAAUGUAACUAAAAACAAUG